CGGGAAGGUUUUAAAGAGGCAUUUAAACCACUUAUUAAAUCUCAAGAUAGUAUUAAAAAAAGUAGUGAUGAGCAACAAAACACAACUAUAGCACAACUUAAAGCUAAUCAACUUGCUCUUACUCAAGGUUUUGAACAGUUCAACCGAUUAGCUGAUAUGAGAGAAUUACCAUAUGACAACGAAGAAGGUUGGGAUAGAGUUUGGUUACCAGAAUCCAGUCCUUCAGAUGAUGUUAGAAUGUUAAAUUUAGAAAAAAAUUUUGAAGGGAGAGAUCUAGAGUUAUUAAAAGAAUAUGGAUUCCCAAGACCAAACGAUUUUUUUGAAAUUAAUCCUAAAGUUUUAGAUCUAACUUUAGAUCAAUUAAAAGAUAAUAUAAAACAACUAAAUGGUGAAAUUAGUGGUAGAAAGAAAGCUAAAAAUCCAUCUCCAUUAUAUGAAGCUGAAACUGAAAUUAAAAAAAUGCAAAAAGGAACACUAAUGAAAUAUAGAAAUACUAUGAAAGAUUACUUAAGAUCGCUUAAAUAUAAGGUAGGCGAAGGACUGACCCAGCGAGGACAGGGUAUUGUUUACUUUAACAACCCACAUCAACUCCUAGACAGACUUGAAUUACUUGGUGGUUCAAUUCUAGCUGGGAAUAAUGGUGUCAUACCUGAGUUUUCUCAAAUUGCACAUCUUCUUAACCAAAUGAAAGUAAUCUCAAAAAAACAACGAAAUGAUUUACUAAAAAGUUAUAUAUCAAUUAGAUAAAAAUGGAAGAACGAGCUAUUCACAUUUCCUCAAUAAACAGGGAAAAAAGAGGAACAAGCAGACCUGGUGAUUUUACUAUUAAGUUUAAUCCAUCUCUAAAACUUGACCCUGAAAUGAAACACCAAACUGCUCGUGAUCGACUGUCCAUGACUUACUCUUGGUAUAACAUUAGAAGUGAUUAUGGAAACAAUAAAAUCAAAUACACCCAUGAUGGAACCAACUGGCAAACAAUUACUUUUACAGAUGGAAUGUAUUCCUACUCAGAUAUUAAUGAUUACAUUCAUCAAUAUAUGUCUCAAAAGUCUCAUCACUCAACAGAUUCAAGUGGAAAAAAAACUUAUUCAAUCAAACUAACUUUUAUACUAUCUACAUAUAGAGUUCUCAUAUCACUUGAUGGAGAUUAUCAACUUGAUCUGAGAGGAACAGAAUUUGGAGACCUGAUUGGAUUUGAAAAGAAACUUAUUACAAAAACAGAGUAUGGAUCAAAACUACCAAAUAUCACAAAUUCGAUUGAUGUAUUAAAUAUCAACACAACCGCAAUAACUGAUAGUAUUGUCAGGCCUGACGGAAUUAUGCGCAGAUUUUUCAGAAAUUAUGCGGAAUUUUUUCCCAAAUUAUGCGGUAAAAAUCGCAAAUUAUGCGGGAAUUAUGCGGAUUGCGCAAUAUCUUUUAUAAUAAAGUUCCAAUGUAACAAGCGUUCUCAUUGGUUUAAACAGCGUGCUUUAUCAGAGUCCAGAGCACGCAUUUCGUAAAUAAGAUUGCGCGCGUGUUUGCUUUGAAAAUAAAGGCCAAAUUAUGAAGAAAUGAUAGUUUCUUUAUCAUAAAACAAAUAAAGAAGCCUCACCCGUGCUCUGUUCUGUUAUAAAGCACGCAGGAAGCGGCGAUAGCACUCAAGAAGUAGGGAGAAACACUCGCCUGCGUCUCGUGUCUCCGCGUGUUUUAUAACAGAACAGAGCACGGGUGAGGCUUCUUUAUUUGUUAAUUUUAACCGAAGCACUUCCAAAAAGGUCCCCACACACGGGGGGGAGGGGGGGGGGGAUUUUUUAGAUGUGGACAAGUGUUGUAAGGAGCUUAAGCGGUAACCAAGCAAAAGUAGUAUACUAACGCCACAAUAAUUAUUAUUUAUUUUUCAGAGUUCAUGACACGAAAGUGACAUUUUUACAUCGUAGCAUACGUCGCGCUACGUAAUUUCAAUGUCAUUACCUAACGUCUUCAAAAAGGAUGCGACCUGGAAUCGAUCCAAAUGAGUUUUAUUGAAGUGACAGAAGUGAUGCCAGAACUUCAACAAAUGUUUCUGCCACUUGUUCACUCAUUACGUUAACUAAGAGCAAACUUUUUGUAACUUCAAUUUGAAUCAAAAGAAGCAUCGCCACUUAACUUGUAAUUCCCUAAACAGUGACAUGAUUUAAUCAAAAUUGCUCUAUUCUAGCAUAGGGCGCAGCCAAAAACGCGACAAAAACAGGCUUUAAAUCUGACGUGAUCUAAAAUGAUAUGCGUCUAUGCUAAGCAGUUCGAAGUGAUAAUUUUCACAAUGGAAAUGAUAUGCUUCAUGUAUACACGGAAAUGUUCCUUGGGCUUAUGUAUCGUUAAUUCUUCUUUCUAUUUUUCUUAAAACACUGAUAAAUAGCUUCUACAUCAUGCAACUGAGGAAACUGAAACGGACCAGAUCCUUGGAUCUCGAGCGGACCAAGGAGAAGCCUGGAGGGAGAGCAGUAGUCGAUAUCAUCUCGCUUUGGCCAGUUAAAUAAUCUCGCUCCGACAGAGUACAGGAACUUCAUCUUGGUGUUACUGUUGACCUCGAGAACUCGACCAAUGUAGUACAACUUGUGGUACUCUACAGCAUAAUACUCCCCUUCUUGGGGUGUCUGCAUCCUGUCCACACAUUUCUUCAUGUCAAGCUCUAGCACCAUUUGACUUCGAAAGGCGGGGAUACUGUCACUGCUGAUUACACUUUCUGACAGACCUACAAGGCAUCUGGCGUACAUGCAUACGUACACACACCGCAAUCGAAGGAGUUCUGCUGUUGGGGUACCUCGUGUUGUUGACCGCUGAAGAAGCUCCAUUGCUUAAUUUCUUUACCCAGUGAAGGUGACAGUUCUUCCAGCAAGCUCCACAUUUUACACACUGCUCUUUCAUGGGUUGGCUUCACACCAGAACCUUGUAACAAACUGUCCAAAACAAUUAUUUCCUUCUGCUUUGGUAUUACUACAAGAAGAAACCAGUGCCUGCUAGUCCCGGGAUUGCAGGGAACAAGGACAUAGUCUUGCUUCAUUAGGUCUUUGCCUUUCACCACAUCUGCGGCAGGUCGGCUGGCAACUCCUUUUUCAAAAGUUUCCCAUUCAAGAGUUUCAACUUCAAGUGUAGUUGUUUCAGCAACCAGCUUAAGAUAGGAGUCGAUAACGAAAUUACUUAAGUAAUUGGCUUCAUCCUUUGGAUGGCCACCUUUAAGACCAACUAGAUCUGCAGUUGACACAAAUUGACUGCCUUUGAAUGUAACUGAACCAUCAACUAUGGCCUCGAGAACUGCGUUAUUGUGAACAGGAAAUACACAGACUUCUGUUUUCUCUAACUUUUCUAGCAUGUUCUUGCCAAGACCAUUCUUUACUUGGGGCUGAGUUGGCGGUGUUUUAACAUUCUGUAUUGGGAUUGAAGAGCUACGUUGUUGGCUUGAUGGGGCUUUGGCUGAUUUCGUAACGUGAGUGCCAUCUUUGGAUAGGCUUGAGCGGAAACGUUUCCCCUGGUCUUUUUUGUCGGCUUUCAGUUUCCGCUUGGACGAAGCGCUUGGCUUGGUAGCUUUUGUACCUGGUACUUUAGUUGUUGGAACAAGAGGCAUUGGCUUCAAAGUAGGAUGGAAAAAGCUGGAAAUGGGGGGCGAUUUGAGAGCAGACCCGGCAGGCAUGGUGCCCGCACUGCUUGAACACAUCGGAACAGAGCCCGUGGACGUCUGAACAGGAGGUGAAGACAUCGGAGAAGAAGCCGUAGACGUCUGAACAGAGCCCGCGGACAUCGGAACAGAGCCCGUGUGCAUCGGAGCAGAACCAGUGGACAUGGGAACUAUAAGAUGAGGAAAAGAACAAAAUUGCCUAAAGAGCAGCAAUAAAACAUAUACACAUAUUUUUUUUUAUCAUUUUAAUGUUCAAUGCCAUGAUGAAUUAUUUAUUGUGAUAUAAUAUUUUGUUCAUCAGUCUUCGUGAAUAAUGCACUUAUCAGCGGCCAUCCCGGGGGGGAUGACCCCGGGGAACCCCCGGGCAUUUGCACAACAACGUUUACAAAUCCCCCUACCCAAAGGCAAGAUUUUUUAACAAAACGCUACUAAUGUCCCUCCCCUGGGGGGUAAAGAAGUGUGCUCUGCCAAGUUAAAAGGUGCAUAUGAUCUCAAAGACAAAAAAAUUAUAUUUGCUAUAAUUAUACCUAUAAGAGUUAAUAAAAUACAACCAAAGAAAACGAUUACAAGAGAAAUGCGAAAUGGCCGCUGAUUAGUGCAUAAGUUAAUUUCUCGUAGCUUGUGCGCUUUGCCUGAGACUAGAACUUACACGAAAACAUUGUUCUACCUUGGUCUGUGGAUUUUGAAUGGAGUUCCAUGGGAUCUGUCCACUUUGAAGCAGGCGCUGAUGGGGCUGUUUCAUUGAUAGCUGCCGACUUUGCCUGUAAGUUCCAGUUCAGGAAGUGAUAUGCCCUGAUGGUUUCAGGGGUCAUCGACAUCCGCUUGUCAUCGAGAACGCUGUUGUACAUGGAAAAGGAUCGCUCUACAUCAUACGAACCAAGGGUUGCAGUGCAGUACCGCGAUGCAAUUUCGUAGAGGCUUGGAAGUGCGCCCGGCAUUGGAUUUCCAAAAAACGCAAGGUCGAGAUCUCCACUAAAGCUUCCUUUGACGGCUGCUGGGCCAAGGACAUUCACGUACAGAUCAAUCUCGCUCUUUGGAACGUCUGCUAUCCCGGGGAUGCUGCUUUCUGACAGGCGACCCAUGUCACACCUGAUGAGAUUUCUAGGAUCAAGUACCCUGAUAUCUUCUAGAAAGGCGCUGCCUGGCUGUCCACCCUCAACCACAUAUUUGUUCAGCUUCUUGUGCGCAUCUGAGAAUGCUGACUGAACAAUUUCCAAAACGUCCGCUUUGUCUUCGCUUUCAAACCUAGUGGAAAGACAAGAGUAAAAAAAAAUAAUAUACCCGCCCUUGCCCAUUAAAAAUUCGCGCCUUUUUAGUCCAAAAUGAGCCUAAAAUAUAAUGCGCAUUGUUUAAGGAACAUUUCGCUUUUUUAUUGUUGGGUUUAUUAACAAUAUUUGCUCUCUAAAUUUAUCCCCACUUUGGGGGUAACCAUACACUACAGGCGCUCCAAGGUGUAAAGGGAAUGAGACCGUAAACCAGCAUUGGACUGCUAAAUACUUCUAGGCCCAGCUACAUGAGCAAGAGCAACAAAUGUUAUCCCAAUAAUAUUUACCUCGCGACAGAAAAAAAACGCUAUUUUGCUAGCAAAAGUAUCUAGCACGCUUAUCACUAUUUGCAUAGGAAACUAUUGCGCAAGGUUACGCUUUGUCAAAAUGGCUCAUUGUUGUACAUUGUAUAAAAUAGCUUCCCGUGCGAGAGAGACGCAGAACUCACUGUUUUCGCCAAUAUUCUGAUUGGCUGCAGUUAGUUCUACAGCUUGGUAAAGAUUUUAGACAUAUAGUUUACCUCAAUCUCCUUCAAAACAAAACCCAAUGUCUUCUUCGUUCAUCAAUGAGCUACUGUGAAGAUAACAGAGGAGGCUUUCCAUCUUGUUUUUCGCUUGUGUCACGUGUGGGAUUCGCUGUUGGAAAUAAUCUAGCAGAAUCAUCAACUGUGGCCCCAUUCUUGAUAUUAUCAUAAGCUGCGCAUGUAGACUCUUCAUGAAUGAGCUGUCGUCAUACAUUUCUUCAAGCCGCAACAGCGAGUUACUUGCUGCAUCUCGUCCACAGCGCUCGAUUUCUGAUCGAACAAACUCCCCACAGAUGGAGUAAUACUUGGCGUGAUAAUCGGCCGAUUCAAACCAUGCAGACCAGCUCUUCGUUGUUGGGUUGGGCGGCAUGACUGGUUUUCCUUCAAGACUUGCAGCGCUUUUCAGAAAGUUCAAGAAACGACUUUUACGUCCACUCGGAAUAUAGAACAGGUUCCUGAAACACUUGAUGAAUUCCGAUGCAGUUUUAAAGUGUUUCUUGAAAUCAGCCGCUGCCAGGUUGAUAAUGUGGCUGUGGCAGGUUAUAUAAAAACAACACGGAAAUAAAGCAGACAAUGUCUCAUUGAACGCCUUUUUUCAUGUAGCUUGCGUUGUCGGAGUUAAAGAUCAAGACACAGUCAAAGUCGAUGCCAUAUUCGACCAGUGUCUUAACAACUGCUUGGGAAACAGUUUUGUUGUUCGUUUCUCGUAGAAAAUGCGUGUCUAUCAAGUACGCAACAUUUUUGCCACUUGGCGAUAGCUCAUCGAAAUCAAGCAAAGUUACCAUUAUAUCCAACACAUACCGCCCAUCAUCAUCACUGAGCUCAUCUACCAUCACUGCAACAUUUUUUUUACUUAUUUUGUCCUUAAGUUCCUGUUUUUCACACUCAUACACAUCAAAAAGAUACUCACGCAGCUGCGUUCUCUUCGGGAUUGCCCCGCCAUUAACCACUCGGGAUUUCAAAAAUUCUCGGAGCACGGGGUGGUCAGACUUGCCAAGGGGGAUGUUAGUGGCCGUGCACACCUUGAUCCAAUCAUGGCAGACUUUGAUCCUCUCUUCUUGUGCCGAAUUGCUGCACUUGAACGAAGUUUUUAGAGUCUUUUGUUUUCCACGACUUGUACCGGGCAGAUUAAGACGUUUUUGGUGUGAAGCAGCUUCAAGGUGCCUGUCAAGAACCGAUUUUCGAGAGUGCUCAAGCACAACAUUGCACACGGUGCAAAACAGUAAUCCGCUUUCCUCGUGAAAGGUUCCGGCUGAGUAUUGCUUAACUCGAUCUUUAGCUGUUAUUUUUGUUGCUUCGUGGCUCUUUGUUUUUCUCACUCUCUUUUCAAUUUAGUAAACCAGUUUUCCAUGCUCUUCAUGGCGGUCAGAAAGCAGAAAGGAAUUCGCUUUUCCCGCGCAAUCGAUAAGAAUUUCUAUGCAAAAAAAUGAUUGGUUCUCUUCUACCAAUGAAAUGGCUCGUCAUAUCUUUACUAGUUACAAGCCCCAAACGGCCGUACAUAGAAGGCCUGUUCAAUUUUUGAAGUGAAUAUCGUUCUAUCCGAGGACUUCUGAAAGCGAAUUCUAGAAAAAAAACCUCACAUUUCUUAUUUGUUUUACAAUGAAAACAAGGUAGGAAGUCCUUAAAAAGGAGAUAUGACACUUAAUUUAUAUUUUUUUCGAUAUUUUCCAAGAUUAUGCGGUAUUAUGCGGGAUUUUCAAGAUUAUGCGGGAUUGCCCCCAAAAAGCCAAAUUAUGCGGCCCCGCAUCCGCGCAUAAUUCCGUCAGGCCUGUAUUGUAAAUGGAAUAAACACUAAUACCAUUGCUGUGAUACCAACUGAUAAUCUUACAAGGUCUUAUCCAUUUACGUUUGAACCUAAAAGACCAUUGUCUUGUCCUGUAUCAUCAUUUCACAUUGAUGAAAUGAGAAUCUAUGUGGCAGACUCACUUGGUAGACCAGUAAAUUUUAAUGGUAUUGAUUGGUUUAUGACUUUAAUACUUCACUCGAUGUAAUAUAACUAUUAAAAUAAAAUGAAGCGACAAUCAGAGUUUAAAAAGAAACUUGACCCCGAAUUGGGGCGAUAUACAAGACAACAUAUUUAUGGAGAAGGAAUGAUGGAUGUGCUUAAAUCGGUUGGUUCAAAAUUAUUUGGAAAAACAGUCAAAUCAGCUGCUAAAAAAGGUGUUGAAAAAGCAGUGACAACAGCUGCAAUAAAAACUGGUGAACAUGUUGGUAAAAAGGCUGGUGAUAAAAUCGUGCAAAUGUUAUCAAAAGAAAAGGUUAAACCCCCCACCACUAAAAAAGUUACUUUUAAUAAAAAUGUUGAAAUAAUUCCAAACAAAAAAAUAACUCAACAAGAAAUAAAUCAAAGAGUGAAUGCCAUUCUGAGUGGGGGAAAAAUUAUAUAAUUAUUAAAAUAAAAUGAAGUCCUUUAGAAAUCCAGAAUACUUAGAAAGAUAUGAAGAUGUUGUUUUUGACCUUGAACAGGCUUUAGCAACACCUACAAAUGGUGCUCACCAAACUAAAACAGGUCAUAGAUUUGUUGCUGAUAAUACAGGUGAGGCAACUCCAUUUGAUUGGUAUAACGCGCGAUUUUCAGUAGAUUUCAAAGUUAAUCAGCUGGCUGCUGGAGCUAAUAUAGAUGCAGAUGGUGACCAAAUGGGAAUAGUAAAUGGAAGUAGUUCUCUCAUAGAAAAGUUAUCUAUCUUGGCAAAUGGUAGAGAUGUUUACAGUUGCAACUAUGCUAAUCAUGUAGUAAAUAUUAAGAAUUUGCUUGAGUAUAAUCCUUCCUAUAUUGAUAGUGUUGCUACAAAUGAAUUUUACUAUCUUGAUACAUCAAGACAUGCUGAAAGACAAAAAUUUACAUCAAGGAAUGUAACUCAUAGAAGGAAUGCUGCUAAUAAUGCUGAUGAUGCAGGUCUAAUGUUAGAUGCAGUAGUAGCUGAUUAUAACAAAGGUUUUUCAAUAAGAAAAGUAUUACUAGGCGACUCGGCAACAGUACGAUGUGAAAUCUCCCUCAACAGAUAUUCUUUCUUUGAAUCACUAGAUGAUAAACUUCUUCCAAAUACAAAAAUUGAAUUAAAUAUUGAACUAGAAUCAGAUGGUAAUCUUAUCUGGCGAGCUGGUGGAAAUGAUUGUAGAGUUAUACUAACAAGAUUUCAACUAUUUGUUCCAAGAAUAACAUUUAACAAAAAAGGAUAAGAAAUAUACCUGAAAAAUUAUCUCAAGCCCUACAAAUGGAUGUAUCUUAAUGAAGUAGUAGAGCGAUCAAAUAACUCUCAACAGCAAACAGGUCAUUUUAGAAUUACAAAUGCUAUCUCAAAACCUCGCCAUGUCUUUGUUUUUGCGAUUAACACAGCUAAUAUUGAUUCUCAAACAGCAAAUCCAUUUUUAUAUAAUACUUUUAAUCUACCAAACAAUGCUAACGUGUCUCGCUGUUAUCUUGAGGUUGGAAAUGGAAAUGAAUACCCUGAUAUUCACUUUAAACCAGCUACAGAUCCAGCAAGAGUUUUCAGAGAA